ACUUUGAACCUGUUAGCAGUGUGGGCAGAGAGGCGGCCGAAGGUGCUGCCGAUACCCAUACGGGAUACGGCCAUGUGGAGCAAAACCCUAGCGCGGACUGGCACUUCUCUCGUUGGUCGGUUGUUCAGUCAAGUGCUUCAUGGGAAACCAAGUUCAACUCAAAGCCUCUUCUUGCAGAGCUCUCGAAUACCUCCCCAGCUUUGUCCUUCGUCUUCCAACUUCGAUACCUCUUUCCAUUUGCUGGAAUGCAGUGGUGGGGCCUCGGAGAAGGUAGCUUCUGAGGCUUUUCUGUAUCCAUGCGGGCUUCCCUCUCUUCGGUUCUUCUUACCAGAUGGAGAAGGCUCUUCCAGUGCAACAAUGCUCUUGCUUCCCAAAAGAACAUACCAACCCAGCCACAUCAAGCGUAAGAGAACCCAUGGAUUCUUUGCUCGCAAGGAGACGAAGGGUGGACGGAAAGUGAUUGCUCGAAGAAUUGCAAAAGGACGAGCAAGAAUCACUCCAUGAGAAAAUUUGUUUUUUGUUUUUUUUUUUGGGUUGGACAACCAUCUCAUAAUUUGUUCAUGAAGAAGCCAACGAGAAGUCUGUGCUUUACGGUGGUUCUGCUUACAAUUACAUAGCCCUGUUCUUUUCCUGGCUUUUAUUUGACAAUGCAGGAAUUCUUUUCUACCGAAAUGUAGCCGAAGAUUAGUCCUUCUUAUUUGACA